UCAAUUUUAUCAGUGAGAAAAGGCGCAAAAGUCGCGUUGUGAAGAGAAAUAUUGUCGGUCUCUGUUUUUUUCAUUAACAAUUUGCAUUAAAAUACAUAUUUGUGCAUAGAAAUUUGUAAAAAUGAAUUUUCCAGAAUUGUCCAAUGGAGCGAUAAAGCGUCUCAUUGAGGGUUCUGAUGAGCAACCUGUGCUCCAGAUGCUGGGCAUCAAGCUCAUUCCCAACAAUGAAUCCGAGAGAUAUCGCCUACUCAUCUCUGAUGGCCAAUAUUUGCAUAGUUUUGCAAUGCUGGCCUGUCAACUCAAUUACAUGUUCCACAAUGGAAGUCUCACGGAUUUCACUAUUUUCCGGCUGUCUCGCUUCAACACAUCCAUGGUUAACUCCAAGACAGACAGUGGAGGAAAGAGAGUGAUUGUCCUGAUGGAAGUCAAUGUUCUUGUGCCUGGCUCUGAAGUGGGCAGAAAAAUUGGCAAUCCGGUCGGCCUAGAAAUGAAGCCAGAUCAAAGUAACGCCGGAAACAAUAUGGGAGCAAAAACUUCAGCUCCAUCAUUUGCUGCAAAGGGUAAGCAGCCGAUGAACUCUUCAGGUUCCAGCUACAAUCAGCGAAAUGCUGCCAAUCUCAAUGAUUCAAUGUCACUCAGCACCUCAGUCACCCAUCCCAUUUGCUCCUUGACCCCGUAUCAGAAUAAAUGGGUGAUUAAGGCAAGGGUGAUGCACAAGGCCAAUGUGAGGACAUGGAAGAAUGAUCGAGGAGAAGGGAAGCUGUUCAGUUUUGAAUUGGCCGAUCAGAGUGGUGAGAUAAGGGCGACGGCAUUCAAAGAACAAGUUGACAAAUUCUACGAUAUGCUCGAAGUGGAUAAAGUUUACUUUGUGAGCAAAUGCACUCUCAAAGCAGCAGAUAAAAGAUUCAAUUCCACAAAGAAUGAUUACGAAUUAACACUGAACAAUGAGACAAUCAUCCAAGAGUGCUUUGAUGAUGUUGAUGUUCCAACAACAAAUUACAACUUUGUGCCGAUUUCCCAGAUUACCAAUAUGGAAGCCAACAGCAUGAUUGACGUCAUUGGGGUUUGCACAAAUGCUGGGGAUAUCUUCCAGUUCACAGCUCGUUCAAGUGGACGCGAACUGAAGAAGCGUGAAGUGACACUGGCAGAUCCCAGCAAGGCUAGCGUUACUUUGACUCUCUGGGGAGAUGAUGCUGAAAACUUUGAUGCUACUUAUCAACCAGUUCUGGCCAUUAAAGCAUGUCGAGUCACUGAAUUUGGUGGUGGAAAGACAAUUUCUCUCAUUUCCAACAGUCAGAUGAAGAUCAAUCCGGACAUUCCGGAAGGUCAUAGGAUUCGUGGUUGGUUUGACAAUGGAGGAAGUGAGGAGAUUGAUGUGAAUGUCUCAACGCGAACAGGAGGCGCAUCGGGACUAAAGACAGAAUGGGUGACAUUCCAUGAGGCGAAAGUGAAGAAUCUCGGGAUGGGAGACAAUCCAGAUUAUUUCCAGACCAAAGCCAUUGUGCAUCUGGUGCGUGUCAGCAAUUGCGUCUACAAGGCUUGUCCACAGGCUGAAUGCAACAAGAAGGUGGUGGAUCAGGAUGACGGAACCUACCGUUGCGAGAAAUGCAACACCGCCUAUGCUAACUUCAAGUAUCGCUAUCUCGUUUCGAUGAGCAUUGGCGAUUGGACAUCCAAUCGUUGGGUGACAUGCUUCAAUGAAGUCGCAGAGCAGAUUAUCGGGAAGAGUGCGCAGGAAAUUGGUGAAUUGCUGACCAACAAUCCGGAUGAGGCAGAGGCUGUGGUCUCAAGCAUUCAUUUCAGUGCUUAUAUCUUCAAGUUGCGCAUCAAGAUGGAGCAUUUUGGGGAUACAAAUCGCAACAAAAUUACUGUUGUGGGCGCAACUCCCCUCAACUACAAAGAUUACAAUGAAUAUCUCAUCAAGCAUUUGUCUGAACUCACUGGAAUUACAGCUAAGUAAACUUAAGUAAGCUAAGUAAACUUCUCAUUUUUAUAUUAUACGAGUUUCAUUAUGUACUCUCUUGAUUUUUUUUUGGAAUUAGAAAUAAAUGAAUAAACUGUA